AUGGGCACUAACUUUGGGUGCAGUGAUUUCUGGGAUCGUUUGGAUGGACAAGCGUUAGUUAUGAUGGUAUUCAGUACCAUUAAGGCAAACACUAACCAAUCUUAUUAUUCAUUCAAAAUAUUUCUCCGUUUCUGACUGGCUAAAAGCACACGCAUAAUUCACCAUAACCAGCUACUGUUGACCAACUUUGCGAUUAAACAACCGAUGACGUCAAAAGUGCAGCCCAGUUGCAGAUUAACGCACCGUUAACCGAGAAGACCUGCGGACGAGUUCGAGUUGUUUUGGUUGUGAAAAGAAAAAUGGCUGAACUGUCGGCGUAACAUUUAACUCGUUUCACGACUAACUGUUGUCUAAAAACAUGGCAAGAAGACAACUCGACGGACAACAUAUAUUUGCAGACCUGAACAGCCCUUUACCUUCUAAACAUCCACUAUCUAGGUGAACUUAAGGUAACCAUGUCUUAGCUUGUUUUUAAACUAGGAAUUAUUUUAAAUGAGUAAUAAAGCAAUUCGGCCUCGGCGGAUAACACCCUCCUCGAUCUUCAUAAUUCUUCAGAUCCUACGAAAAGUGAAUUCAUUAAUUGCUANACAUCCACUAUCUAGGUGAACUUAAGGUAACCAUGUCUUAGCUUGUUUUUAAACUAGGAAUUAUUUUAAAUGAGUAAUAAAGCAAUUCGGCCUCGGCGGAUAACACCCUCCUCGAUCUUCAUAAUUCUUCAUAUCCUACGAAAAGUGAAUUCAUUAAUUGCUAAAUAAGUAACGCCUGUCCUUCCAAACUGAAUUCCAGAAAUCGUUGUGCCGAGAGCUUGUACCUAAUUGCCCCUACAGUUUCUGUGGUGGGGAACUGAGACAGACAAUUGAACGUUUACUGCUCGCGUAACCUUGUCCUUUCACUUACCUUUAAGCCUGUCCUUCCAAACUGAAUUCCAGAAAUCGUUGUGUCGAGAGCUUGUACCUAAUUGCCCCCUACAGUUUCUGUGGUGGGGAACUGAGACAGACAAUUGAAAGUUUACUGCUCGCGUAACCUUGUCCUUUCACUUACCUUUAAGCCUGUCCUUCCAAACAAUUCCAGAAAUCGUUGUGUCGAGAGCUUGUACCUAAUUGCCCCCUACAGUUUCUGUGGUGGGGAACUGGGACAGACAAUUGAAAGUUUACUGCUCGCGUAACCUUGUCCUUUCACUUACCUUUAAAGUUUAAUUUUUUUUGUUUCUUUUGUUUCUUUUUUUUACAGAAGUAUGAAGCAGAAGAUAUUCUAUUUCCUCUUUACAUUACUUUUCGUCUUAGUAACCAUCCACAGCGCCCUGUCAGCAACGGGAAAGUUCAAAGAGGUGUGCCAGCCCGUACUUUUACCAGUAUCUGUAAAAGUUGUGGGUUGCCUCGAGAGGAAUGUCGAUUUACCUCAGUGUAAGGGAACUUGCCUUUCCGAGGAAUCUCGCUAUGGAAAGACCUGUUGGUGUUGUAGGCCUGUACAACGAUCACCAAUUGCAGUUCAAAUAUACUGUAAGAGGAAUGAUGGAAAGUUUUACAUAGAGACAUACAAGGUUGAAGUGCACAAACAGUGCUCUUGUUCAAGAUGUUUAGACCACUAGCUUGAAACACUUUCUAGAAUCACUAUAAAUUGGCGUUUUUUCUCAAAAUCAGUAAAAUUGAAACAAAUGUACUAUAAGACUGUUUUGAGCUUUAUUUUCUUAGAACAGUUUUGAAGUUAUGAUCCUUGAGUUUCCGUAUGUUUGUCGAUUUCAAUGGAUGUUUUAGUUCAUCAUUUCGCCGUCUGGAAUCUCAAGGCAUUUCCUUGCAAAUUUUCAGAAGCCAUAAGAUAUCAGAAAAAAACACUAAUUUGUAAAUUUUGCAUUUGCGUUCAAUCCUGGACCUAAGUGUUUGAAAUAAAUCUAAUAAAUGUGAAGAGCAUAACAGUCUUUCCAUUUACAAUAAUCAAACGUCGCGGUUGCGGGGAAUGAGCUUUUUCAGAGCGUUAACAUGCAACAAGGGAGACUCCGCUGACCAGUAGUGGAGGAACACCCAAAGAGUACUUUUGUUUGACAAUUUAACAGCACAAAUCGUCCAGCACAUGGCAAUUAACUCUUGUUGACGCAGCCAAUGAAAUUAUCAAUAACAUCUAAAUUCACCCGGUCGACGAGCUAGGAUGUAAGGUUCUUUAUGUGAAUUGUUUCAAAUAAAAUUGUCCGUGAUCUCCAUCGACGCACCAACCAGAUCAAAGUUUGUAAACUUGGUCAUCUGUUGUCGAUAUGUCUUUCAGCAACAAAAUGCAAAAAAUAUGUCGAUCCUCGUAAGAUGUAAGUAUAACCAAGUGAAAUAUGAGUGAGAACUCGAUUCUGAGAAAAGGAAAAGGAAAACUUUGAAUUUCAAAAAUUGGCAAUGAGGAAGCGAUUUUCAUCACAUUUCCAAACAGUACCCGUUGUGUAAUUUACACUCAGUGAGCAAUUACAUCACAGAUCUGGCGCGUAAAUAAAAUAUUACCGGGCAUUUCGCUACACAACACUGAGGUCACAUAACCAUAUAAGACUUUAAAGUUUGUUUGGAAAAAAUAAGCUAAAUUUUGAGGAUUUUCUUCGUUUUUGGACGCAGUAUUAUAUUCUGCGGAUAUCGUGGCAUAAAGGUAAGCGAAAGAGCGAUUCUUCCUUUAUUUCCAGUACCAUGUCAAGUUUUCCAAGAAGAAGGUUUAAGCUUUGAGAUAAUUAAGGGGCAAAUAACACUCAUAAGUUGACUACAAUAGGUGGUAUUUUUUCCUUCAACAAGAAUAGCCUACGGCUAUUUUAAAAAGCGUUAAUUCUGAAUUUUCCUUUCCUCAAUUCGAAAACGGGCAGAUUAGCUUUCCUCCUGUGAAAUCCUGAUUUUUCUUGUGGCGGGAUUGUAAAAUGAGUGACCGGAACAAAAUCUUUAAAUGAUUCAUAUUUUAGCAGGUCCAUCUAAGCAAAGCCAUGAGCUGUGCUUUAACUGAGAAGUGCAGCCCUUGAGAGUUUUUUUAAAAAACAUUUUCAUAUUUCUUUUCUAGGAAGGGAAUUUCGGUGUAUUUUCUUUUGACUUGUUAGAAUUGGUUAACUUAUCUAGUUCAUGAUUGUAGGAGAAAAAAGAAACACUCUUAUGGCAUUCGUAUAAUCUAAUUUUAAUCUUAAGGUUAUGGGUGGUUACUUCUCUUGUGUUUUGAAGAAGCCAUCGGGAUAACUUGUUUGUUGGAAUAAUUAGCAAUUUUUUCCCGAGAAAUAUGACGUCUAAUCUUAAAACUCAAGUAUACUUAGAUUGGGUUGGCGGAUGCUAAAUUCGAGACUUUUCAUCGUCAUGUUUUGAAUUGCGAAAUUGUGUUUUGGCAGACUCUUGAACUUUUAACAUUUGUGCUCGAGAAUCUGAGAGUUUUUCUCGAACUGCAAAAAUAAGAAGAGCCUAUUGACACCUUCAGUUAAUAUCAAAGAAAGUCACAGUGCCGAUCAAAUUCAGAAAAGGAUACUUGGUCAUUUAAUAUGGAGUACAGGUGAUACUGUGGAAACGACAGCUAUUGAAGCAAUCAACCAUUAAAUAGAGACUUAAUAACUUUCUCGAGAAAAAGUGGGAAAGAGACAGGAGGCCCUCAAUCUCGACAGACUGAGUAAAAUUUUGAGAGACUCUUAUUUCUCGAAAAGCACCGCCACCUCCAAAACUCGACAUUUUCCCUCAUCAGCGUUUUUUGAGAACCAGCCAAUCAUGUACCGUCCCGACUGGGAGAUUUGUGGCUGUCAAAGGGAGACUUCAGUUUACGUUUGUUGUGUACUCUUUUUUGCAGAAGUUUAUUAGAGUUAAUGUAGUUAGAUGGUAGGAUCAGAUAUUUACGAUCGUAGACGAGUAAACAUGCUAAAGAUAAACACUACAGCUAUUGAGAGAAUUGUAAACCAAAGACAAGAUAUCGUGACAAUAAUAGUAUCAGGACAUACGGGUACAGAAAAGAGAGGGAGGUCAUGAAGACCAUUACUGGAAAUUUUAUGUUUCGAUUUAUUCUUUCCAUCCCAAGUACCUGACUCCAAAAUUCGUUCUCAAAAUGUGGAGGACGAAAUAAACCGCGUCCACGUUUUUUCGAAACUCCUGACGGAUAAAGGAAAGUGGUUCACUGAAUAGAGUACUAAAGUGUGACGUCAUAAAAAUGAAAUUUCUGAAAUUAUGGGAUUUGUCAGGAUAUUCUGAAAGAACAAUGUCUAAGAGGCCUACUUGCUCUCAGAGACGAUUUCCCCCGAAAUGAGCAUUUCGGGGGAAAUCGUCUCUGAGAUCGUAACCCAGUUAUGCUUAGAAAACUCCAUACAAACCCUUCUAAAUUUUCUUGGGUCGACCCAAAAACAAAUUAGAAGUGUUUGUAUGGAGUUUUCUGAGUAUAACCGGCUAACAUCUUAGAGACAAUUUGUCCCGAAAUGCUCAUUUUUGCUAAGUAGGCCUCUUGGACAUUGUUCUCUCAGAAUAUCCUGACAAAUCCUACAAUUUCAGAAAUUUCAUUUUAUGACGUCAUCACUUUAGUACUCUAUUAUCGAGAGAUUAAAAAACUUGAGAGUAAACUACUGUUUGAAUGGGGAAAGGGGAGUGAGAUUUGGUCCGAAUUAUUAGGGUGGUUAAAGGAAAUCCAAACUGUACAUUCAAGUGACUUUGAGAGGGAAAGUAAAAGGACAGCAUGUAACAUAUACUGAGGCUACAAAAUACAUUGUGGACCCUCACCCCCACCCCACCCCUUCUAAAAACACAAAAGGGCAACAUGGAUGAUCUGUCAAACUGAGUUUUAGUUAAAGGCCACGGUCACGCUGCAAUCAGACAAGAAGGGCCGGGUUGUCUAAAGUAGGAUAUCAGGGACCUUAAGCAAGGACGACGACGACGGCAGUGAAAACGUCGGUAAAAAAAAAAUGAAUUUACGUUCUUUCAAACUUAAUCGCAUCUAUUUGGACCCCCUCAAUAUGUUAAAUGCAGGAGAUUUUUCCUGGAGUUGAAUUCUUAAGGAUUUUUCUCAGGUUCAAAAAGAGGAAGGAGAAUUCGUCGUCGUAUGUCCACGUCCUCCAUAAAACGUCAAAUUAGAAGGUUUCACGUCGUAGUCGCGCAGUGGACGUCAAAGAAAUGUACUAAAAAGCCUGAUGCACGUGCAGAGCUGUUGUUUUGAUCAUUAAACCUAUUGUUUUUUGAAGUUGUCGUUGUGGUCGUCGUCGUAGUUGCUUAAGCUUCCUAUUUACAUAAUCAGGGUGUGCGAGAGAUUUGAAUUCAACUGUGAACGCUUACAAAGUAUAUUUCUGUAAAUUCUCUUUGCCUACAAUUUGACAAUUCGACGCUCUUAACUGGCCAGCGAAAAUUAACAUGAAAAGUAGUCUUUAGCAAAAGAAAAAGGUACCUGGAGUAAAAUUUAAACCCGGAUGCGUUAGUGAUAGUCGGCGCGGGACGUAAUCAACCGGACCCAGAACUACAGAAAGACGUUAACUAUUUAAGCAAUAGAAAACGUUUUCCGCGUUUGCAUAGCCUGAUAUAAACACGAGAGGGGUUGGGAGAAUUCGAGACAGUUAUGCAAACCCGAGACGAAGUCGAGGGUUUGCAUAACCGUCGAGAAUUCUCCCAACGCCUCGAGUGUUUAUAUCAGGCUAUAUGCAAACACAGGAAAAAAGUUUUCUAUUGCUUUUAUAAAAUAACUUUCCCCAGAAAAAACGCAAAACUCUUUGCAUGGCACUGAUUAAAAGAGAAAUUCUUACCAGUCGCAAAAUCUUGUCCACGAAGUCUUGCACGCGUAAUGAGUUCUUGUUUUGCAAAAAGAUGCUUUGCAAAAUACGGAGUUUUCUCGCUUAAAAUGUCAGCUUAAGCGAAGAAAAAUUGACUCACCUUCUUUGUAACGAUUUUCCAUGUUUCNGAAUUCUUAAGGAUUUUUCUCAGGUUCAAAAAGAGGAAGGAGAAUUCGUCGUCGUAUGUCCACGUCCUCCAUAAAACGUCAAAUUAGAAGGUUUCACGUCGUAGUCGCGCAGUGGACGUCAAAGAAAUGUACUAAAAAGCCUGAUGCACGUGCAGAGCUGUUGUUUUGAUCAUUAAACCUAUUGUUUUUUGAAGUUGUCGUUGUGGUCGUCGUCGUAGUUGCUUAAGCUUCCUAUUUACAUAAUCAGGGUGUGCGAGAGAUUUGAAUUCAACUGUGAACGCUUACAAAGUAUAUUUCUGUAAAUUCUCUUUGCCUACAAUUUGACAAUUCGACGCUCUUACCUGGCCAGCGAAAAUUAACAUGAAAAGUAGUCUUUAGCAAAAGAAAAAGGUACCUGGAGUAAAAUUUAAACCCGGAUGCGUUAGUGAUAGUCGGCGCGGGACGUAAUCAACCGGACCCAGAACUACAGAAAGACGUUAACUAUAAAACAUUUCCUAACAUUAACUUCCCUAUUUUAUUUUUCUCCUAUUUGCCACUUUAAAUCGAGAUGGGAUCUGGGCCGAGUUAAAGAUCGCAAAGAGUUCUGGAAAUGUUGCUAAUUGACUAAUAGCUGACAGGCGCGUCCCCAGUAACGAUCCCAGAAACAAUUAGAGGACGCCUUUCGGCUCCAGUUCCCUUCUCGUUUCUUAAGUGGCGAAUUUUAGUUAAAAAAAUUUCUAUUUCCUUUCCAGGGAUGCGUUCGAGUCUCCCACUACUGCUAAGCGUGUUUGUCGCGGCCCUGUAUUAUCACGCAGGUGCCAAUCGAUUUAACACUGCCAGAUAUCAGUUAGGGAAGGCAUUGCUGAGAAGGGCGAGAGAAAUCAAUGAUACUCAGAGCAAUGGAGAUGAACCGCUAGAGCCUACUUCAAAUGACAUGUCAGAAGAAGAACGAGAACGAGUUCAACAAAUUGACGCCACCGAAGACAUUUUCGUUGGCUCUGGAAGUCACGUGUACGAGAGCCAAGGCAAAUCGGAGAGUUCCGAUUCGAGAGGCGAGGAAACUUCCGGCAACGAUGAGGCGGAAGCGGAAGAAACUGAUAGUAGUCCCACUUCCGGUGACGGUAAUGAAGGUGAAGAGGAUGAUGACGAAGAGGAAAAAAGCGACGACGAUGAAGAUGACGUUACAGAGAAGAAAAGUGAGAAGGAAAGUGUAGAGGAUGAAGAUUCAAGUGGCUCGGGACUGAUUGAAGACGAAAACGCCGCUAGACGAUCCAUGGAUGAAUCUGGUUCAGGAUCAGGGAUUGAACAGCAAGACGAUGAUAACGACAGAUCAGAAUCUGAGGAGAGUACCAUUCAAGAAACUGAGCCCUCAAGUGGUUCACAGGAAGAGGCUAGCGGCGCUCAACAAGAAAUGAACGACGUUGUUGCGUCAAAAAAGUCGGAAAUCGAAGAUGCAUCUUCCGGUGACAACGAAGACGAGUCAGAGGAAAGCGGAAGUGCAGAAGUGAUACGAAAGGGAAUCGAAAGCUUGAGCAGACUUCUAACCCCAGUGGCCAGCGGUUAUGACUUUGAGCUGUACAGCGGUAACGCGCCAAAAGAUGACAAAGAAAAGGAGACUGAGGCGGAAGGAGAAAGCGAGGAGUCUAACGAUGAGCAAGAAAUCCAUGUCAAAAAGUGCAAAAGAGUUUGCAGGGACCCUAUGACCUAUGAACAGUGUGCUGUGCCUCGCUGUGGUUACAAAAUGGGAACCAUCAAAGACCUGUGUAUUUACCUUUGUAAACACCAGACUCCUGUGUGUAGUGAAGAGUGCGAGUAAUUCGAAUCGUUCAAGACAUUCAUAUUCGCAAUGUGAAUUUUCCCAGUAAAUGUUUUGCCUCGGUUUCAUUGCGAGGUUUACGAUGUAAGACAUACUGCUGUUUGUUCUCGGCUCCAGGUCUUUGGGUGAUUUUUGACAUUUUUAUUCAAUUUUUCAAGUAAGGACUGGUGCCGAGAACGGCUAAGCAGAUAAUGUCUUGGCCUUUGUUCCUCAAUUUUGAAUAUGCAUCUAAAAUUUAGAAAAACCAGCUAAUUUUCCAGACAGAGAAAGAACAUUAAAAGUAAACAACAAAUACAAGGGAACGUUUUGUAACAAAUUGGACUGUUUGACUAGUUUAACUUUAUGCCACAAACGUAACAGUCAUACAAUAACUUGGAGAGUUUAUAUAGCUAGCGUUGGUUGUUACAACUCAGUGUUUAUCAGGGCAAUCAGCAUAACCAAUUACUUUUGAUUGGUUACCCAAAGGAUGAUAUUCAGCUGAUUCCCAGUCUCUCUGUUUGAGGUCUCUAUAUGGAUAUCCCCGCGAGUUAAUCAUAGAAACUAGCCUUGUAGGUUCACCUCCGCCAACUACAACCUAAUUCUUACUUGUGUAUGUGAUUAAGACUUAUUAUGUGGCAAAACGAGAGGCGGACACAUCGGUCCAUUGUUAACGAAUAAACUCUCCUUUGAUAGCUGCGAAAUUAUCGAAGUAAGACACGGCAACGCAAGUAGCAGAUUACACGACAUGCAGAUUUAUUUUCCUGUAGAAGUAUGUGCCUCAUGGUUACUGACUUACACAGACUUGACCAAGACAUAACUGACGACAGUUUAACUUCUUCACACUCAUUUUUUACGAAUAACACAUUAAGCAAGGUGGGGGUGGGGGCUAGUGCGAGAAACUGGAAGCAAGGUUGAAAUGAGUUUCAGAUUGACCUCGAUUACAGGUCGAGAGUUGGUAUAGACGGUAACUUAACAAUACAAAAUAAGAAGAAAAUGUUCGUAUUCUUUGAUAUUACUAUUUAGUUCAAUGGAAAAUCCGUUUGAUUAAGGGCAGGCAGCAAGCUGGGAAGAAUAAUUGGAGCGAGAGGGACGUUGGCCGGAUAUGUGAAUUGAACUGAAGUUGUUUUUAAAGGUUGUAAUUAAACGGAACUGCAAUUCCUGAGACGUCAGCAUAUUUUAAUCGAUUGCUUGAAACGUCAUCAAGUUUACACGCGACUGCCUCAAAGCAAACAAUACUGUACAGUUGUUUUAUUGUUGCAGAAUAUUGUAAUGGCCCCUGUUGAAUUCUCUCUUGACAAAACUGAAUAAAAGAUUGCGGACCUCUACGGAAACAAACUUCCGAUUAAUUUCACUUGUUUAAUUAGUGUAAAAGCAACUUUUGUGAAAUUCACAUAUCCCAAGUGCUAGAUUGGGCGUUUCCCUCUGUUCCAUUAUAUUCUCUCUUGUUAGCAGUAAGAAACACGUUAUCGCCGAGAUGAAAGUGAUUGUUAGUGGUAGUGCACACGACAACUGCCUGUUAAAUUAUAAUUGGGUGGUCUAUAAAAUGAUCAACCGUCACCUAUGGUGGCUGCUUUCAAAAGCUUUAACUUCGACGUUGUUAUGAUAAAUCUUAACAAUUUUCUGUAUUUUCGUAUGAAAUAUUGGUAAUGGUUAUGUAAGGUUAACAUUGAGAUUUUUUAUUACAUUUUAACUUGCUUAACGGAACAAGGAAAUCACUCUUAUUCCCGCUUUUCUUUUGGUCAGCGUCACGAGUAUUGCUUAUUUUUCUGCUGACUCAUGACAGGCGCAGGCUGUGAUGACGGAGUAAGAGUGAAAAGCAACAAAGUCGGUUACUCAGCUGAGUUCUGAAUUUUACCACAUAGAGUAAAUGUUUAAAGAUAAGGUGAUGUAAAAAAAAAACCCCUUGUUGAAUAAAAGG